UAAACAAAAAUACAACAUUACUGAACUUAUUUAUUAUCAUUACUACACUAUUAUUGCCACACUAUCUCCCACAGGUGCAGUAGUCAGGGCUGAGGUCACUGAUCACACUUCAUUAUCCCCGUUGGAGGCUGAGGCCAGGAGUCGGGCACGCGCACCCAGCUGUCUCUGUGAUCUCUGCGCGCGUUCACGAGCAUGUAAACACCUGACCACUGCAGGGGACUGAUUCCGCUGAUUUCCUUCUCACAAAAACCAAGCUCCCCCACACAGCUCCCUGCUGGUGACACAUCUGUGUGUCCUCCGAGCGGGAUGACGGAUGAGGAGGUGCUAGUGUCGGAGGAGCAGACGGUGGAGAGCGGCCCGCUGCGGGACUCCAGGCGGCUGACUCGGCUGUACUGCAUGAAUGGCGGACAUCACCUCCAGAUCCUCCCCGAUGGGACGGUGCAGGGCCAGAGGGAUGACGGGGACGCUCACAUUGUUUUAAAGCUCAAAGCUGUGGACAGAGGCGUAGUGGUGAUCCGUGGAACAGAAGCCGGGCGAUAUUUGGCCAUGAGCGACGAGGGGCGACUGUACAAUUCACCCACAGUGACUGAUGAGUGUUACUUCCUGGAGAAGCUGGAGGAGAACCACUACAACACAUAUAUGCCUCAGAAAUAUCAGGAGAGGAACUGGUACGUAGGCCUGAAAAAGAACGGGAAACCUAAACUGGGUCCAAGGACUCACCUCGGACAGAAGGCCGUCUUCUUUCUGCCCCGACAGCUGAGUGAGUCUGAUGAGUGAAGAACACAAAGAUACCUCAGACAGAAUGCACCAGGAGGAAGUUUUGUUCAGAUACACCUACUUUACCGUUUUAGCUCAUGAAUUGGGCCAGAACAAGACUUGAAGAAGUGGUGCGAAAAUAGGUGAUGACACACUGGCUUGCAAAAACAAAUCGGUCAAGAUCAAAAGGAGGCUAAGUCUUUUUAAUGUUAAUCUGAGGCGUAAUUAUUGGAGGGCCAGCUUUGCACCAGAGAAAAGACUGUGUGUCAGCAUCUUUGUGUCCACUAACAACAUCCUGUUUUAGUUGGUAGCAGAUGUCCUGACUGCACAGACGAAAAGAACAAACAAGAAAACAGUAUAAUCCAUAAAACACAUUCUAUUAUUACUAAAAAGUUGUAUAGUACCAGGAGUAUGAUUAUUUUUAGUUACCUAAACUUUUAAAGGGACAGUUCACCCCAAAUUCAAACAUUUUCUUCUUACCCAUAGUGCUG